AUGGUGGUUGAACGAUAUGUAUCUGAAGAAUACAUUGCCGCUUCCGAUAAACUCGAGUCCAGGCAUGGUUUUUCCGAGACAGACAUUUUCCAGCACUCGGCAGCAAAUACGUUGAAAAGGAAGCUCAGGCACUCGAGCGGUCUCUGCGCCUACGAUGGCGUGAAUCAGGGUGGUAAAGUUGAAGAUCGUGUCGUUGAAAGGGAUAUUGUCACGGAACAGGCCACAGAAUCGAGUCCAGGGGCAACAAAGCCGUUGGCCUCGAAUGGCUCAUCGCUGCCUGAUACCUGCUUUCGGUUGUCUACUUGUCUACUUCGA